CCGAGCUCCGUCACCGGGCGCCUCGUUCGGGCGCUGUCUUCAGACGUCCGAGUCCAGCGCUUUGGCCAAAUUAAUCAGAUCAAGCUGAGCAUCCUCUUGCCUUCAGGAGCAAGGAGGCGGAGAGCCAGCGUUUGGGCGAAGGCCAUGCCGCCCCCUGGGAAAGUUCCCCGGAAGGAGAACCUGGGGCUGCAGUGUGAGUGGGGGUCCUGCUCCUUUGUGUGCUCGGCCAUGGAGGAGUUCUGCGAGCACGUCACAGAGCACCUGCAGAAGCACCUGCGCAGCUCGGGGGAGGACGACGAGGAGGACGAGGACGAGGACCUGCUGGAGGAGGAGUUCUCCUGCUUGUGGCAGGAGUGCGGCUUCUGCUGCCUGGACAGCCCUGCGGACCUGGCCCGCCACGUGUACUUCCACUGCUACCACACCAAGCUGAAGCAGUGGGGGCUGCAGGCGCUGCAGAGCCAGGCCGACCUCAGCCCUUGCAUCCUGGACUUCCACAGCCGCAACAUCAUCCCCGACAUCCCGGACCACUUCCUGUGUCUGUGGGAGCACUGCGAGAGCUCCUUCGACAACCCCGAGUGGUUCUACCGGCACGUGGAGGCGCACAGCCUGUGCUGUGAGUACAGAGCGGCGGGCAGGGACAGCCACGUGGUGCUGUGCGGCUGGAAAGGCUGUACCUGCACCUUCAAGGACCACUGCAAGCUUCGCGAGCACCUGCGGAGCCACACCCAGGAGAAGGUGGUGGCCUGCCCCACCUGCGGGGGCAUGUUUGCCAACAACACCAAGUUCUUAGACCACAUCCGCCGUCAGACCUCACUGGACCAGCAGCGCUUCCAGUGCUCUCACUGCUCCAAGCGCUUCGCCACCGAGAGGCUGCUGCGGGACCACAUGCGCAACCAUGUGAAUCACUACAAGUGCCCCCUGUGUGACAUGACCUGUCCGCUGCCGUCCUCCCUCCGCAACCACAUGCGCUUCCGCCACAGCGAGGACCGGCCCUUUAAAUGUGACUGCUGUGACUACAGCUGCAAGAACCUGAUCGACCUCCGGAAGCACCUGGACACUCACAGCAAGGAGCCGGCCUACAGGUGUGAUUUCGAGAACUGCAGCUUCAGUGCCCGGGCCCACUGCUCCCUCAAGUCCCAUUACCGAAAAGUGCACGAAGGGUACUCGGAGCCGAGGUACAAGUGUCAUGUGUGUGACAAGUGCUUCACCAGGGGCAACAACCUCACCGUGCACCUUCGCAAGAAGCACCAGUUCAAGUGGCCCUCGGGGCACCCCCGAUUCCGGUACAAGGAGCACGAAGACGGCUACAUGCGGCUGCAGCUGGUCCGCUACGAGAGUGUGGAGCUGACCCAGCAGCUGCUGCGGCAGCCGCAGGAAGGAGCGGGCCUGGGGGCGUCCCUGAGCGACAGCGGCCUGCAGAGCAUCAUCCUGGAGACGGUGCCCGGGGCGGCGGGGCCCCAGGGAGAGGCGGCAGAGCAGGGCACAGCGGAUCCGGGCACAGCCCUCUCGGCCCCGCAGGACUCCUCCCGGCCCCUCGUCCAUGUGGUGGAUCAGGACAGUGCCCAGGAGAUCGUCUACUAUGUGCUGUCGGAAGCCCCGGGGGCGUCCCCCCCAGCCCCCGAGUCCCCCGCGGGGAGCCUCAUGGAAAAGCUUCCGGGAGCAGCUGAGGAGCCAGGAGUCCAGAUGGCGUGAAGGCGCGGAGCAGGACCAUUCCUGAGCCGGGCGCGGCGGAGCCAGGCGGCACUGCCCCUUGGGGCGGCCCUUGCCAAUGGGUGCCUUUGGAGUGGCGCCGGGAGCAGCCGUCCACUCUGGAUCUGGCCUGCGUCGGCAGGCUCGGCGGACUUUCUUGCUGCCAGACCUCGCUCUUGUGGGGAUCCUGAGCGGUUGGGGAUCCUGAGGAGGGCGGCCUGGCGGUGCAUGCUCCUGUAGACAGUGGCUGUCCGGCCCAGCCGGCCCUCCGCGGCUGGAGCAGUGAUUCAGGUCCUCGGGCCGCAGUGGCCCCGU